GCCGGCGGCGCUGAUUGGUCCGCGCGCCUCGGCGGAACCAGGGACCCCGGGAGUCGCUGGGGGAAGCGGGCAGAGACCGGCAGCCGGAGCCAGGGCGCAGCAGCUCCCGCAGUUCGGAGCCCGCACCCGGAGCCGGGCCUGGAGGGGGAGCGUGUGAGGGCGGCCUCUGUUCCCGAAGGAGGGGAUCAUGGCCUCCAUGCUGCUCACCCGGCGGCUGGCCUGCAGCUUCCAGCACAACCGCCGCCUGCUCGUGCCCGGAGCCAGGCAUAUCAGUCAGGCUGCAGCCAAAGUCGACGUGGAAUUUGAUUAUGAUGGGCCUCUGAUGAAGACAGAAGUCCCGGGGCCUAAAUCUCGGGAGCUAAUGAAACAGCUGAAUAUGAUUCAGAAUGCAGAGGCUGUGCACUUCUUCUGCAAUUACGAAGAGAGCCGAGGCAAUUACCUGGUCGACGUGGAUGGCAACCGAAUGCUGGAUCUCUAUUCCCAGAUCUCCUCGGUCCCCAUAGGUUACAACCAUCCUGCGCUCAUGAAGCUCGUCCAGCAGCCUCAGAAUGCGAGCACGUUCAUCAACAGACCUGCCCUGGGGAUCCUGCCGCCGGAGAACUUUGUGGAUAAGCUGCAGGAGUCCUUGCUCUCGGUGGCUCCCAAAGGCAUGUCCCAGCUCAUUACCAUGGCCUGUGGCUCCUGCUCCAAUGAAAACGCCUUCAAGACCAUUUUCAUGUGGUACCGGAACAAAGAAAGGGGUCGAGCGGGUUUCUCCAAAGAGGAGCUGGAGACAUGCAUGGUCAACCAGGCCCCUGGCUGCCCUGACUACAGCAUCCUCUCCUUCAUGGGCGCAUUCCACGGGAGGACCAUGGGUUGCUUAGCGACCACACAUUCCAAAGCUAUUCACAAGAUCGACAUCCCUUCCUUUGACUGGCCCAUCGCACCAUUCCCACGGCUGAAGUACCCUCUGGAGGAGUUUGUGAAGGAGAACCAGCAAGAAGAGGCCCGCUGCCUGGAAGAGGUGGAGGAUCUGAUCGUGAAAUACCGGAAAAAGAAAAGGACGGUGGCCGGGAUCAUCGUGGAGCCCAUCCAGUCCGAGGGCGGAGACAACCACGCCUCCGACGACUUCUUCCGGAAGCUGAGAGACAUCUCCAGGAAGCAUGGCUGUGCCUUCUUGGUGGAUGAGGUCCAGACAGGAGGGGGCUGCACCGGCAAGUUCUGGGCCCACGAGCACUGGGGCCUGGACAACCCUGCAGACGUGAUGACCUUCAGCAAGAAGAUGAUGACGGGCGGCUUCUUCCACAGGGAGGAGCUCAGGCCCAAUGCCCCGUACCGGAUCUUUAACACCUGGCUGGGGGACCCGUCUAAGAACCUGCUGCUGGCCGAGGUCAUCAAUGUCAUCAAGCGGGAGGACCUGCUGAAAAACGCAACCCACGCCGGGAAGGCCCUGCUCACGGGGCUGCUGGACCUCCAGGCCCGGUACCCCCAGUUCAUCAGCAGAGUGAGAGGACGAGGCACCUUCUGUUCCUUCGACGCUCCAGAUGAAUCCACUCGGAAUAAACUCAUUUCAAUAGCCAGAAGCAAAGGCGUGGUGUUGGGAGGCUGUGGCGACAAAUCCAUCCGCUUCCGCCCCACUCUGGUCUUCAGGGAUCACCACGCACACCUGUUCCUCAAUAUUUUCAGCGACAUCUUAGCCGACUUCAAGUAAAGAAGCCAUUUCCACUCACUCUGCUCUGAGAAAGCCCUGAUCUCAGCAGUUGUCAAAUUGAUUAGUUUGCCUAAUUCAUGUUUUCACUUAAAGUAUCAGAGGCGAAUGCAUAAACUGAAGGGUGGUGUGUGGGAGGGAACGGUUUUGGUGGCUGGGGGGAGGGGAGAGGACGGAGGGACAGGCUUUGGUUUUCCUCCCUGCAGAGCCAAGGGUGCCCAUCGGUAAAGAUGCCAACUAUUGGAUUUAGGGCCAGAAAAUCUGCUUGAGCCCCGGACAGAGUCUUGGGAAGGGCCGUGAGGGUCCUGGCCAUGGUUCUGCCCAACCUUGACCCCAAAAGCAUCUUUGAAGCCAGUCAGGGGAAUGCUCUGGGGACUGGUGGCUGGGACUCCUGGGCUCCUGUCCCUCUCAAGUGCCAUAUUCUGUGAUCAUUGCUGCUCCCUCGCCCUGUGCAAACAAACAUGCUUGUCCCUCACCCAACCUUUGGAGCCCUGAGCGAGCCCGCACAGUUCAGUGGAGGAGAGGACAGUCACGUGAAAGCAGGAUUGUAGGGACAUGAGAACUGAGCCAGGGGGUGUGGAGAGGGGUCUUCGGCCUCUGCAGCUUUGGGCCACUCCUCCCAGGGCAGCUGCGAAUUCUAGUCUUGGACGGGGCUUUGGCGACUCCCCAGGUGGCAUUCUGGAUGGUCCUUACUUGCCGUCCUUCAUUCCCCCAAGUUCACCCCCUGUUAAAUGUGAACCGAGGCCCCUGGAAACAAACCUGCAGCCUGAGGAGGGGCACACGGGGACACCCAGGAGCUGCAGGGACAGAAGCAUCAGCCUGUCUCCAGGAGCGGGAGCCCAGGGCCGGGGCAAGGCCCUUCCUCCUGUCUCCCAGGCCCCUAGCAGCUGCCCUCUGGACCCUCACCCCGGGGCUCUUCCUCUCGCUUUGGCUCACCCACCUGUGCUCCACUGCUGAGCAACCUAGGAAUAGCUUAGCGGUUCCACCAAAGGCAGCCUAGCCUGUUGCUGAAGUAGAUUUCUUCUUGAGGGGAGCAUCACGAGCCCAAGGCGCCAGAGCUCCGCACAGGGAACAGCAGGCUGUAGGUUCGGGUGGUGACCCUGUCCUCGCCACUCCAAACCAGAGCUUUUCCUGACACAGACGGGUGUGGAGUCCCAGGCGCAUGGCCUUAAAGGCUUAACUGCACUGUGGCUGCAGCUAAGGGGACUCCUCUGAGGCUAGGCAUUCUGGGAACUGACUGAGUUCACCGGCUCCUAUGAAGAGCACCCGGUAGUCCUAGGGUCGUGAGGGCUGUCUCCUGGGGAGAGGGAGAAAGUCUGCUUGUAUCCUCUGUCCCAAAGGAAGCCAUUGCCCCCAAUGGUACUGCUGACGGUUUGGGAAGACAGUCAUAGUCAGGUUCUCCUUCUAAGAACUAACCAUCUAGAGACUUGGUCAGUCACUGUCUUACAGACACGACAGACCCGUGAGUCCCGGUUUGCUUUGAAUUCUUGCAGUCAGUGCUAAUCCAUUGCUUUAAAGAAGUAGUUCUGCCGUGUCCAAGACCAUUUACGCUGCCAGCUAAAAGGAGAUGUAUGCCCACCCCCCCUCUGUGAGGUUUCACUCAUUUGCAUAUUUACUUAUUCAAUCCUUCAUUCAUGAAACUUGCGUUAAAUACCUGCUCUGUCCCAGGCCCAGUCCUAACCACCAGGAUUACAAAUAAAGCAUGGUCCCGGCCCGUAAGGGACUCACAUUCCUAGACUCUUAAACCAAUCAUCAAAGCUGAGUGGCAAGUGCUGUAACAGAGAAGCAUCCGGAAAUUGGAGGGAGUGCCCCAGUCUGUCUGAGGGUCAGCAGAGGUUUUAAGGACAAAGUAAUGUUUGAGCAGGAUUUUGCAGAGUGAGCAAGAGUUCGCCAAAAAGCAAGGCAAGGAACAGUGGUGCAGAAAGGGAACAGCAUGUGCAGAGACCUACCAGGUCCCAGUCCCACACCUUUCCCUGGGGACCCAGAUCCCACGGGCAAUAGUCCAGGAAUCCAAGUCCUUAUUGAACAAGAAAAACGCAUACCAAACCACAAUUCAUCUUUCGGCAUGAGUGUGAUUUGUCCUGAGAACUUCAGCCCUGGAUGCAAACAUACAGUAAGAUUCCUGGAGUCCAGAAGGUUUUUGAGCGAAGGCACAAUCAGAAACCUGCCUCUCUGUGGUGGAGAGAGUGGCUUCAGUAUUAUGUUCUCUCCCCAGGGAACAUUGACCGAAAAAAUGGAACCACUCUAUCUAGAAAGUCAUUGCAAGGCUUACCCACUUCUUACCAAGGGAAGUCAUUCUCAUAAAACAUUUUAAGCCAUUUAUCAAGUUCCUGUUGGCUCAGGGCCUGAGGGUUGCAGAGACAUUUGCUUUUGGGGGUCAGGGGAUGGCUGGAAGGAUUUCGAGGAAAAGAAUUCUCACGGAGCUUGAGAUAGUAGGAAUGUGGGAGGUGGUGAGAACUCAGGUGGGGGUGCAGUGGGCAGAUUUCCACGUAGGGCGGAGCCUGGGGAGGAGUGCCGCUGUGGCCGAGGGGCUGGAGAGGGACCAUCAUAUGUCAGUGCCAUAGAGUUCAGUAAAUGUCCCUAGCACAUCUCGUCACUUUUACAGAACACAAGGUCCAGUGAUAGCAAGUCUUAGUCCAUCCUCCUUUUUAUUAUAAAUGGGCGUUUUUUUAUAAUUUUUACUGACACUCAGUAACCAUGCAAAAUCGUGCACACUUAGGAUAUCUAUAUGUAUCUAUCUAUCUAGUAGCUCAUGGUACCAUAGCUAGGAGCAUCGCCGACCUGCGCAUACAAAGUGAUCUUGUUUACAGUAUUCUGUUGACAGUGCCAAUAAAUGAUAAACAAAUUCACAUGUCACAGUGUAACUGACGACCAUAUGCACAAUUCUUCCAUUCAAUGUUUCCUGUGUUAAUCAGUCUUGUUAAAUUUAAAAAAAUAUAUUUAUAAUGGAAACGUC